GAUUCACAUGAUUCACAUUCUUGGGCAGACACAAGCGCAUGGGUUGCUCUGCUCGUGCAAUUCACCAUGAACGUUGAUACUCUCAUGCCGACGACCUAGAUACCCAGGCACACGUGAAGGAUAAGCUAUCGCAGAACUCGCAGAUGUGUCCUUGAGCUACAGUGCGGCGCAGGCAAAUCAUAUCAUUCCACACCCUUCUUGAAUCUCAUCGACGGAAUACCAAUACUUGGAUCGUUGCCCAUUUCACUGCCCGUGUUACAUGAUAUAUUCUAGCCAAUUUGGCUGAAUCACAGCCUUGGGCCUGGGGAAUCAAUAACAAAUAUGGCUAUGGCAGCUUCAACUUCGCACAAUUCCCUCCGGGAUCGUCAGAUCAGAUCCAUCGAGCGCAUGCUAAACCUGAACCACGACUCCCCCGAAUCUGCGAAUGCCCACGAUCAAACAUCACACACUGGAAUUGCCGUGCCAUCAGUACCGAUUCUAAAUGAAGAUGGAGAACCAAUAUGGAAGGUCUUGGUCUUUGAUGAUUUAGGACGAGAUGUUAUAAGUAGUGUACUACGAGUUAGCGACUUGAGAGCUUGGGGAGUUACAAUGCAUAUGCACAUUACAGCAAAUCGACAUCCUAUUCCAGAUGUUCCAGUAUUAUACUUGGUUGAACCUACAGAAGCCAACUUAAAGGGCAUUACCAGUGAUCUCUCGAAAGGUCUCUAUUCCCCUGCCUACAUCAACUUUCUCUCCUCGAUACCCCGCGCAUUAUUAGAAGAUUUCGCAAAACAAACCGUGGAAGCUGGAACAUCAGAGAACAUUGCACAAUUCUUUGAUCAAUACCUAAAUUUCAUUGUGGGAGAACCGGACCUCUUCAGUCUUGGGAUGAGAAAACAGAAUACAUACUGGGCAUUGAACAGCGCAAAGACAAAGGAUGAGGAAUUGGACAACGUGGUUGAUAGAAUUGUCAGCGGACUCUUCAGUGUUAUGGUCACAAUGGGCGUUAUGCCAAUAAUUAGAUGUCCUCCUGGUGCAGCAGCAGAAAUGAUCUCUGCUAAACUCGAUCGAAAAUUGAGAGACCACGUCUUAAAUUCAAAAGACAAUCUAUUCUCCGGCCCUGCCAAUCGUCAAUCUAAUAUUGCGCCCUCUGCUCGACCUGUUCUUAUUAUACUCGAUCGAAAUGUUGAUUUAAUACCUAUGCUGUCGCAUUCCUGGACAUAUCAGUCACUUGUACAUGAUGUUCUCAAAAUGAAGUUGAAUCGAAUUACUGUCGAGACACCAAUAGAUGAGGAGAAUCCUGCAAAGGGUACAACCAAAAAGGCCUACGAUUUGAAUGCGAAUGAUUUUUUCUGGGCAAAAAAUUCCGCUGUGCCAUUUCCACAAGUAGCGGAGGAUAUUGAUGCAGAAUUAAUGCGAUACAAGGCCGAUGCAACUGAUAUAACCAAGAAGACAGGUGCUUCUUCUAUAGAGGAUCUUCAAAAUGAUACAAGUGCUUCUGCACAACAUUUGAAGGCUGCCAUUACCUUAUUGCCCGAAUUGAGAGAGCGAAAAGCCGUGCUAGAUAUGCACAUGAAUAUAUUAGCUGGACUUUUGACCGGCAUAAAGGAUCGCCAACUGGAUAACUUUUACCAAAUGGAAGAAAAUAUCAUGAAGCAAACAAAAGCGCAGAUGCUUGAGGUUAUAAACGAUGCAGAUAAAGGCAAAGAACCAACAGAUAAAUUGAGAUUAUUUAUCAUAUGGUACUUGAGUACCGAACAAGAAAUCACGAGGGCUGAGAUGGACAAAUUUGAAGAAUCAUUGAAGGCUGCAGGUGCUGACACUACAUCUUUAGCAUAUGUCAAGCAAGUUCGCACCACAACCCGUAUGACAAUGCUCACUACAGCUCCUACCCCUGCUUCUCAACCACCAAGUACAUCUGGCGAUCUUUUCCGUGGUCUCUCUUCCAUUUCCUCUCGCCUUACCACAUCCCUUAAGGAAACUGGUAUUACCACCAAUUUCGAUAAUUUAAUAUCCGGAGUAAAGAAUUUCCUUCCUGCAAAUCGUGAUCUUACUGUCACCAAAAUCACAGAAUCAAUUAUGGAUCCUCAAUCAGCUUCCAGUUCCGCAAUAGCAAAAACAGAAGAUUAUCUCUACUUUGACCCUAGAUCCGCAAAUGCCAGAGGUACCGUACCACCAGCAAGCGCGAGUAGAAGAAAUGAAAUGCCAGGAAGUCUACAAGGACCGGGUAUUACACCAAGUUUUGGUAUGCGUAGACAAGGCUUUAGUGAAGCAAUUGUUUUUACAGUUGGUGGAGGUAGUAUGGAUGAAUAUGGAAAUUUGCAGGAGUGGACGAGAAGGGUUAAUAAAGAGGGUGGAGGAGGGAUGGGGAAGAGAAGAGUGGUUUAUGGAAGUACAGAGUUGGUUAAUGCGGAGGAAUUUUUGAGCGGUGAAUUAGGAAUGUUGGGUGGUGAGUGCUCGUAGGUUGAGUGAAUUUAUUGAUUUGAUAUAUUAUGGAUGAAGAAAAAUCACAUUUUGAUAUGGAAAUAAAAGGGAAAGUGUAAAAAUAGCUGUAUAGCAAGCCAAAUGAAGUGUUUGAAUGGAAUAUGAUAUGCGUUGUUUCCAUCAUUGGUUUUCUCUUCCUGAAAUAUAAUCAAGUAGUUGUUCUGAAUGUUUUCUCUUGGUA